CUUCUGAGUUGCAGUUUUCUCCUUCUUUCUCUUCUCAUUCCCAAUCCCUCAGCGAUUUCUCAACUGCUCUUGGUUGAUCUCACUGGUUUAUUAGCCAGCCGCCUUUACACUUUUCACGCCCCUCCCCCGCCACUAUCGCACCUUGUUAUCGCGUUAUCGCGACGUCACACACCCACCAACACAGGCACAGCUUGGUUGCGCCCGCUCUCACUCUCGUCAUCACGCCUCUUGCAGGAGAUUCACUGGCCCUUGGCUCUCUUAUCUCUCAAUAUCUUAUCUUUAUCCCCCUCGUCUCUCCUCUUUUUUUUCUUUUCCCUGUUCCUCGCAAACACGCACGCCCAAGACGAACGAGAUGUCUGAUUAUCAGCCACCGUCUCCCCAAGCCAAUGGCAACGGCAGUGUCUAUGGCAGCGUCCAGGGCAGUUUCAACAACGGCGGGUUCAACAGCGGCGGGUUCAGCAAUAGCAGCAUCCUCAACGGCGGGUUCAGCAACGGCGGUUUCAACAAUGGCAGUGUCAACAACGGCAGUGUCGUGAGCCCCAGUGUCGCCAAUCGUAGCCGCCAUGGCAGCCGCAGUAGCAAUAGCUUUGGCCGCAUCCAGACCGAAGCCGAGACCAAAUAUCCCGAGUCCCGCGUCCUUAUCAUCGGCACCGGAGGCACCAUCUGCAUGCAACAAACCCCCGAUGGCCUCCAGCCAACUAGUAAUUUCCUCGAAAAUGCCAUGGCCCCAAGGCCGUCGUUUAACGAUUUUAGCCCCAAAGUAACUCUCCCCGCCUACCGCAAUGGACAGCGCAUCCACAUUGACUCCCUUCGUACACCGCCUACCGCCUACGAUCGCCACGUCCGCUAUGGCAUCCUCGAGUUCAACCCCCUCCUCGAUUCCAGCUCCAUCGAGGCCCACGACUGGGAUGCCAUGGCCAUGGCCGUUCACGAAAACUACCACCUCUUUGACGGCUUCGUCAUCCUCCACGGCACUGACUCGCUCGCUUACACUGCCUCUGCCCUCUCUUUCAUGAUGAACAGCCUCGGCAAGCCCGUCAUCCUCACUGGUUCCCAGGCCCCCAUCUUUUCUCUCCAGUCCGACGGCGUUGACAACCUCCUCGGAUCCCUCAUCAUCGCCGGUACCUUUGUCAUCCCCGAGGUCUGUCUCUUCUUCCACCACCGCCUCUACCGCGGCAACCGCAGCACCAAGGUCUCCGCCACAAACUUCGAGGCUUUUGACAGCCCCAAUGCUGAGCCCCUCGCCACCGUCAAUGGCCUCGGUAUCACUGUCAACUGGCCCCUCGUCCAGCGACCAACCACCAUCGCCAAGUUCAACAUCUCCAAGGGCCUCGACACCACCCACGUCGCCUGUCUGCGCGUCUUCCCCGGUAUCAAGCCCGAGAUGAUUGACUCUGUCCUUCACCUGCCCGACCUGCGCGGCCUCAUCCUCGAGACCUUCGGCAUGGGCAACAUCCCUGGCGGCUCCGAUGGGCAGCUGACCCGUGUCAUCAAGGCCGCCGUCGCCCGCGGCAUCGUCGUUGUGAACGUCAGCCAGUGUGUUAACGGCUUCGUCUCUCCUGUAUACGGGCCAGGUACCCUCCUCGGCCGUGCCGGUGUCAUCUUCGGUCUGGACCUCACCGCCGAAGCUGCCCUCACCAAGCUCUCCUAUCUGCUUGCCCUCCCCGGCCUCACCCCCAAGGACAUCAGUGACCAGCUCUCCCGCUCCCUUCGCGGCGAGAUGACGGAGAUCGCCCACCAGAGCUUCUCUCACCCUGCCGGCUCCCUCGACUUCGCCGCCGCCCACUUGACGCGUGAUGAGAUGGCCUUCAGCGCCCUGGGCUAUGCCAUCGAGAACGGCGAGCUGACCCUUGUCAAGGAGCUGCUGCAAGGCGAGGGCAGUCAUAUGCUCAAGCAGUCUGACUACGCCGGCAACACGGCCGUCCACCUCGCCGCCGUCGCCGGCAGCACCGAGAUCCUCCUCGAACUACUGCACCGUGGCGCGAGCGUCCACGAGCGCAACAAGGCAAACAACUCUGCCCUCUUCGUCGCCGUCAAGUCCGGCAAAGAGCCUUGCGCCCAGCUUCUCCGUCUCGCUGGUGCGCACUUGUCCGUCGAGGAAAGGGAGUGUCUGCCUGGUGGCCGCGAGAGCCCAAUGUGAUGGGGCGUAUAUUUUGCAUGCUAAAAGGAUAUAAGCGAACAGAACAGGACAAAAAGCGAUAGAAUGCCUUUGGAUGAUUAUGAAUUUGACAACAUUUUUGGAGUUGGUUUAGUUGCAUGGAGAUAUCUAGCGAAUGGUCCUAGACAACGGGUUUGUCUCUGGUGGAAAAUGGAAGUGCUUGACCUGUUUCCAGGUCCCGAAAGUUCAAUAAACAUCAUACAAUAAGAGCA